AUGUCUUCGCAACAGGAAAGGGCUGAGCUUGACCCCAGGGCUAGGCAGGGCCAGACAGUGGUCCCUGGAGGAACUGGUGGCAAAACUCUUGAAGCCCAGGAACACUUUGCUGAAGGGAGGAGCAAAGGCGGGCAGACAAGGAAGGAACAGAUAGGGCAUGAAGGGUACCAGGAGAUAGGUCGCAAGGGCGGGCUUAGCACAUCCGACGAGCUAGGAGGAGAACUUGCGGCUCGGGAGGGAAUUCCCAUUGCUGAGUCUAAAUACAAAACCAGAUCAAGCUCGACAUGA